CACACACACACACACACACACAGAGAUAUAUAUAUAUAUAUAUAUAUAUAUAUUUCUGGUUUCGAUUUGGAAUUGUAAUCAAAUGGAAGAAGACGAAGGCGUGAAAGCGAUCACAAUUUCCGAGCUCCUCCACCGUUCUUGCCCCCUCGCCGGCGCGUCAUCUCUCACUCGCCGCCGCUCCGUAUUUCCUGCUUCCGCUCCUACCAAGCCCCUUCCUCCCAACCAAAACCCUAGCCCUAACCCUAACCCUAACCCCCUUCCUCCCAACCAAAACCCUAACCCAAACCCUAGAAUCCUAAAAUCUUUGAAUCACCCAACAGUCAUCAUCGGAACCCUAACCCUCCCUUCCCUCCACAAGCCUUCCACUUCAAAUUCAACUCUUCAUUGCCCCAAAACUACCUGCUUUUCAUUCUCCGAUGGUUCCUCUACCGUAUGUUGCGAUGUUCUUGACCUCGACCUUCGCAUCAUCGGAAGAAAGAUUCGCGUUCUGGCUUGGAAUUUCAUUCCUUUCAAAUGCGGCGGCGGUUUCUUGGAAAUCAUCAGUUGGAGAUUUCCAGAAACUUCUACUGGAUCAAAUGUGUUUCCUUUGGUUUCAGGUUCUUCCAUUGAUUAUAAGGACAGUUUAAAAGCUUGCUAUUGUCUUCGCGGAGGGUUAGAAUCGGUUAGCCCUGUUUCGGUUGUUCCAUGUGCAACUGGGGUUAAUUCUAGUGAUUCAAAAAAUGUUUCUGGGUUUCUUGUGCAAAUUCGCGUUUGUGAAUGCAAAUUGUGUAGUAUGAAAGACCCUGUGAUGGGUUUGAAAGAUCAGACUAAAAGACUGAAUAAUAGUCAUUGUUUUACUAAACCUCUGAUUAUGUACUUUUGUGGGUAUGCUUCGUCAUGGCAUCCUGUAAUUUCAAAAUUGAUUGGUGAAGUAGUUUUGAUUUCAGGGUUGAAGAAGAAAUUGGUUUUUAUAGGAGAGGAGGAAUCUCAGUUGAUGUAUGUGACUACAGAAAAAACUUUGUUGCAUCUCUCCAAUUUUAUUGAUAGAUGGCUUCCACUUAAUAAGACUGUAAUUAAGGGUAGGGGUGAAUUUGGGGUGUAUACUGGCACUAUCACAGGCAUUUACAUGCGGGGCAUGGUUAUUGAGUUGGACCAAGAAGUGGUGUUGUUACUAACAGAUCAGCUACUUGCUCCGCCGCAUAGUCUCAGAGUUGGUGCUAUUGUAUCUAUGAAAAAUGUCCAUUUUGUGAAUCCAAAAUUUUCUUGGACAAAAAUGCUUGUACUCGGGGCUUGUUUCAAAACUAGUGUUAGUCUAAAAUCCUUUUCCCCAUUUGAAAGUGGGUGUUUGAUAUAUUCUCAUUCUCAUAGCCUUUUGGGGAAGUUUAUUAACUCAUUACCUUUUUCUGUGAGACUAUGGGUAUUACUUCUUGUCUCAGGUUUCAGGAAAAAGUUCUCUGGGAUUUUAUCCGAGAAGGAGAUCUUGGGAUCAAAACAUAAGGAAGGACUGGCUCAGUCAUAUGCUAUUUCACAUUUACCUUCAUCAGUGUUUCGAUCACGGCAUGGAGUAUUUAGAGAAUUCUGUAAGCAUGACUUAUGUGGCUGUGGCAAUGAACCAAAUUAUGAUAAAGUGAAAUUGGUGGUACCCUUCUCUAAUUUUAUAGGUCAUUGUGAGGCUACAUGGAUGAAAAUGCUGUUGGAAUGGGAGAAUGAUUUUGAUUUGACAUACAUCUCUGAAAAAUAUAGCCAUCUAUCCUGUGAAGGGUUAUCUCAUAGUCAGUCUACUAGGAGGAUUUUGCACAGUGAAGACAUGGGUGUUGUUUUGGUUGGACAGGUGAAGAUUUCCCCAUCUUCUGGAAGGUUGCAAUUGAUUGAUGUAACAGGCAGCAUUGACGUCAUUAUACCAGACCUCCCAUCAACUUGGAAUAUCAACAGCAUAUAUGAGGUAAAUGAAUUCUCGCUUGUUAUGGAAGGCAUACCUAAAAAAGUGGAUUGUUCGGGAUUACACCUCAAUGAAUCAUUCCUGUGCAAAAAUAUUUUUAGUAGCAUUCCAUUGAGGAGAGAGAUAAAGCUAGCAAUUUACCUUCUCUACCAUUUUAGGGACACAAAACUUAGAAAUCAACCAUUCCAUUCUUGCGUCAAGGGUAACAGAAACUUUGAUGAGCUUCAAAGUGGAAGAUUUCACCUGCUUUUAGUAACACAUAAAUAUCCUGUGCAACAAAAGUUUCAAGGUCAAGAAGUUAUUUCAAACAGUUCAACCAUGUUUGCUGAGGCAUUUACCCUGCCUUGGGAUCUUUUUAUUGUUGGGAAGGAUGGGCAUUCACAUCCAACUAUGCUUUCUGCAGACCUGCUGAAAGAAUCCAUGGAACAUUAUGCCGGUAGAAACUAUGCAGAAUGUGUUCCAAAUAAGAGAUAUAAAAUUGAUCAGGCAUCUAGGAGGGACUUGAGUUCUGGAUUGACUGGUGCUGGAUAUGAAUUAUGUAGCCACACAAAUUGUUGCUCUAUUAGUACUUGUACAAAAUCUUAUCAGGAGCGGAAAUGUUUGAAUUUAAGUUCUCCCCUUCAAAUUCCAUGUCUUGUUACUAGUAGAAGCAUUAAUAAUCAGUGUCUGGCUAGUUCAGGAUUCAUGUGCUGCUCAAAAGCUAAUGUAAAAGCCAGUCCUGGUUUCAAACUAAAUGCAAAGAAAGUAUUGUUGGAGUUCAUGCCUGAAAGUUUUUACAAGUAUGAGUUAUUGAGAAUUGGUGGGUAUUACAUCAUAAAGCACCAUGAUGAAGAUAUGCUACGUCGUGUUGAGGACGUUAAUGAUAUCAGCUGUGGUAAAGUUGUUAUCACUUCUAGAACAUAUCUUCGGAGCCUUUCAUUCUCUUUCGAUGAGAUUCUCCCAAAUAAUGAACUAGCACAACUUCCUAGAUUUGUUGAUUCAUUUGUCGGCAAUACUGAGGAGCUCUUUGAAUGUCCUCAUCAAAACGAUCUUCCACUCUUGAGAUUGAAUAAUCAGUUUAUUGAAAUUCGUCCAGAUAUCUGUGUUCACCUCUCUACUGAUGUUGCAAGGUGUUUGAAGGAAGAUCUUAAGGUAUUGGAUGAAGUUCUGGUUAUGCCAUCUGUCUCACUCAAAGAACUUGCUAACAUUUCUUGGUGCAAUGGGACCAUGAUCACUGGAUCAGUGCAUUCUUGGGGAACUUCUGAUCCUGAAUUCCAAUUGCCAGAGGGGAAUUUAAUAUCUUUCCAUGGACAUGUGUUGGCUGUUCAUAAUUCCGGCUGCAGUUCUUUUGCUGCAAAUCCAAGGCAUAAAAGUCACCCUGAUGUUCAUUGGGCAAAAUUCUUUCAAGUGACAAACAGUGUCUGUAUCCAUGUUUUGGUGGACCAUCACAUUGUAAGGGUUUUUGGUACCCUAAGUAAACAUGCUUAUCCUAUUGGAUUUGGGCCUGGCAUCGUUGCAGCUUUUCACCGAAUACUUGUUUUGAGUGAAAGGAAUGAACUUAUCCUGAUGCAUACAUCUUUCAUUGCGAUCAAAGCCAGAAGAGUAAUCAGUGACCAAUUCAGUGAUAAUUACAAUAAUCCAUCAGUUGCUUCAGGCCUAUGCAGUGUUGCAUCUCUCAAUGCUCGUCCUUCAGCUUUAAUUUCUGAAAUAAUGCAAUAUGCAGACUAUAAACCAAUGCAGUUUCGUUGCAGGGUUGUGGCUAUUUAUGUUCUGGUGCUGGAGAAGAAUGGAAAGAGCGUUCAUCCCUACUUAAGAAUUCACUCCAGCUCACCUGUGGUAAAUAUACCUCUAGCUGGUUUUGUAUUGGAUGAUGGAUCAUCCUCGUGUUGUUGCUGGGUAAAUAGCAAUAAGGCAGCAACCUUAUUGAGGCUAGACGAAGAAAUUUCACAUGAAAUUACCGGAAGUAUCCAGGGGUCAAAGAAGAUUAGGGUAGAUGAGGCCUGCAUCUCCACCAUUCAUCAUUUAGAUAAAAUUUUAAAGAAGCAUGAUAGAGUUAUCGUGAAAAACUAUGGAUCCAUGUUUGACUCUCCAGGUCAAGACCUUACAUUUUCUGCAGCCUCAGAUACUGUCUUCAGCAGCUCAGAUGAGGACCUCCUCAAGUUGGUAAUCCUCAAUGCUUGCUUCAGCACCUUUUGGACGGUUGUUGGUAGUCGGAUGGAUUCAAAUGCUAUGGGGCAGUUAGAGAAACGGUUGGUGGAAAUGGAGAUGACAAUGCAUCCAAUGGAAAAUAUAUGGGCUAGAGAAGUUUAUUACACAAACCCUCUCACUGAAGCAAGAAAACUAGCUCGAGAACUCCUGAACUAGAAAUUGUUGUGAUAUUACUGAUCUUUUUCAAAUGAAAUACAAGUCUUGAUUUGCAACAUACAUGUAUUCUUCAACAGCACAAUGUUGGUGAGUGUAUACGUUUUGGUAAUUUUUCAGCCCAAUACAUGGAUAUUGGCUUACGAACAUGUACAAAUGUACUUGUAGCUAGCUAUUUAAGUAUACUAAGUGUAAUUUAUACAUUAACAUUGUAUAAAUGUAAUCUGUUCUGCCUUGCUGGCUUAUUUCCUUGUUCA